CUUUCCCAGUCGGGAACCUCAGGCAUGACCACCACCUUCUCCAGUCCACCCACUCACAAGGCAACCUCUUCAAAUUGACCGGUGACUAACAUAUUCCUUGACACCUUCUGCCUAGUGGUACUAUAUAUUACGCGGCUUUCUCGGUUUUCUACACUUGGCUUUUCGUUCUACUUAUAUUUAACGACUCGUCAGCUUUUCUCUUGGGGUGGUUGGCUGGUUUCAAUUCUCACCUCCGAGAUAAAUCUAGCUGAGCCGGCUUGAGUCCGGCGACCUUCGUUAAGGUUACAAUAAGGCUUUUUAUUCCAUUUCUCUCAAGUUAUCGAUCUAAAUUUCUGGUAAUGGUCACACUGCGGAAUCCGGUGUCUUUUUCCUAAUCCCCUUAUCCCGAGUCUCGUCUCCAACGAAUUAACUACCAUGCCUUUUUUACCUACUAGCACGUCUAUGCGUGGGCAGGCGGAGCCGUCUUGGCCGUCGAGUCCCAGCCGUUUCCCCCCGUCGUUGGAAGACGAUAACAACUCAACAGACGAUGACGAGCUUGAUGCUCAGUGGUCUAAUGAGAAUCCCAUGUUGUAUUUCCUUACACCACCGACUCCGAAAGAAGAAGACCUCGAAUUUGAUUUCGAGUUUGACGCGGGGAUUGAGGAUGCAAAUAAGCCUCGGGAGAUCAUCCGCACUGUUUCCCCUUCUACCCUUGAUGGACUAAGGAAGUACAAGCCCAAGGACAAGAUGGCAGACUGUGCAGUUUUGGACGAUGACGAUGAUGAUGACGAAGAUUAUAUCCGUUUUCAUCCUCACGGUCAUACGUCUCUACCAUUUAACUUCGAAAAGUUCUUCGAUCGGACAAGGCCUCCUUCCACCGUAACAUCUCAGACCACAGAGUCUUUAUUAUCACCCGUUUCAUUUCAUGUUGGUUCACCUAAACGUCCUGUAAAACGCUUCGCACCCCCGCGUCGUUCUCUGCGGGGAAGAUCGCCUUGUCAAACGCUUCAAAGACGACAUUCAUGGCGCGAACCAAGCCCCGAUGUUUAUUCUAUAGAAGAGGAACCAGAGAAGGAAACAAUGAGCGAGAUGGGCUUUAGCGUCGAAGACCUCACGGACGACGAGAAGGCGCGUCCAAUAGAUAUACCGGCUGCAAAGCCACAGAAGAAGGUCCGGUUCGUGCUGCCGGUCAAGGAUUAAUUGCAUAUAGUGUUUACACUUGGAUAUCAGCAUACAUUGCAUAUGGGCGGCGUUUGGUGGCCUUCCCCCCUUAUACUUUUUGGGUUUUCCUUAUUCUUGUCAUUAUAUUCAAUCUGCAUAUGGGUCGGAUUGAGCAUCUCUAGCAUACUUAGGCACCGCGGGUUUCUUUGUUGGAUUUGGAGGAUACUUGGGGCAACAAAAUCCUAUGGGGGUGUUCAACCGGAUAGUAAAUUUAAUCUUCACAUUAUCGCAACUAUCGUCUCUUCUUUUCCCUUAACUUGUAUAUACCUUAAGCAAUGCUAUGAAAUCUGUAGCAUACCGAGCGACACUCUGAUAACUACUCGAAGUAUGGGGUUGAAAGCAGAGAUGCCUCCCACGACUUGCGGAGUCAUAACCGUAUGUAGACAGAUAUGAGGCGAAACCA